AUGAGUCAAGGGCUUAUUCAUAAUUUUAAAUACAUUGCCGAGCACAUUAAAGAAUAUAUUGAAGAAAACAAGUUAUUUUCUACAUUCGAAGUAGAUGAUCUCAAAGAAAUCAUGAAAAAUGCAACUCUUACAACAAAUGACUGCAUUUCACUUAUGACGCAAUCACAACAUACAAUCAAAGCAAACAAAUUAUAUAUCUGUGCUCGUAAUGCAAAUGUUUCUAUACAUAAUUAUGAAGAAGUCGUUUCUGUUUUGAAAUCCAUCAAGAAAUACAUGAAACUUAGAAUUCUUGAUGGUGUUGUUGAUUUUUUAAUACAAACGCAAAAGGAAAACUCUGAUUCAGCAGCGGAAAUACAACAGCUUCAAACAGAAUUAACUACAAUUCAAAAUCAAAAGCAAAAAAGUGACAAAGAACUCGAAUCCCUUAAAACUCAACUUAAUCAAAUUAAAGAAGAUAAUACUUGA